AGUGCAGGUCUCACAGACCGGAGAUGCAUAUACAGAUACAGAAGUGUCAAUUGUGACGUUUUACGAUACUAGAUCUUGGGUUUCACACAUCUGAAUUCGAUUUGUCGUAGUGGUCACUGUUUCCUUGUUUGUAGACGGCAGAAAUAGCAGGAGCUUUAAAUGUACACUACGUUCGACACCUACUUUGAAGCUUUCGUAUUGAAUUUGUGUACAACUUCGUGCGAAAAAUAUUAAUAUUUCAUCAGCAACACUGCAGCCUUCGCAGCUACGCAUUCAGCAGAAAGAACAAAAUGGGAGGUGAUUCGAAGUACGAUUUGACGCCAAAAUUGGCGCAGUUUUUGGAUUCGCAUUUGCUGCUGAUCGUGAUGAAUGGUCUGGAGAAAAAGGAAGUGUACCCCGCGGAAGUAAUCAAGCCGGAAAUCAUCGAGGUGCUGAGAAGCCGAACGGACCUGGUGUCCAUCCUGCAGGACAAGGAUCCGAACAACAAUUAUAAUGACGAGCUCCGGGCUAGUGCGGACAAAGUGGAGGCGCAGAAACGAGAGCUGGCACCUCUGCUCUCGAAGUUGGAGAGCAAGGGCAUCGGCGCCGUGGAGAACCCCGAAACGGGAGAGCUGCAAUCGGCCGACAGCUCAAGUAAUUUUAUCUGGAAAUGUUUUGUAAAAAAUAAAAAUUGGCAAAGAGGACCCAUAAUUCCACUCUUGCACAUGUCCAUAGCAUGCAAGAAAACGAGAAAGCAGAAAUACACUGAUGUUCUCAUGUAGAGAAUGAGCGCUAGUAGCUGGAGCAGCGCAGCGCAGCGAAGUCAUUUUUGCCGUGCAAUCCACCCCAUUCGUUGAUGCAAAAGCAAAAAACAACUGCUUAACCACUGCACCUCAGGUUCAUCCAGCCUUCACGAGCAGCUGAUGAAUGUGAAUGGAUUCCAGGGCCUUGCGGAUUUGGGCUUGUCCAAAGACCAUCUGGAUGGUUACUACACUUGGUGUCUGUCCCUCUACAACAUCGGGCUCUACGACCAGUCCAUCGAAAACCUGGCUGUGUACGAAAAAUUGUAUACCAAGGUGAUGGCCAAGGAGCUGGAAAUCCUCCAGGCCCAACUGCCCCCGGGUGACCCAGUCUACGUGCAGGAAAAGAAAAACUUCAACGCAAGGUUGCUCAGCGUCAAGUGGGGCAUGCUCGCGGGCUACAUCGCAACUGAGUGCAAGGACGCGGAAGCAGCCGCACAGGUACUCUCUCGAGGCACAGUUUUUUGCUCAAACAGUGCCUGGUCUCACGAUUACUGACUUGUCGUUCUUACUUGUCCCUUCGAUACUUCAACUUUUUGGGAUACAAGUUUUCAUCGCGUUGCAUUGGUACUCAUCUUUGACGGUGAGUGUCGCAUUUGCAAAAUUUGUACUUAAUUUUUACAUCGCCGCACACAGAUUCUCGCCUUGGAUGAAUUUUUGGAGGAGCCGGGAAGCGGUCUUAGCAAGAAGGCCAUCCUGAUUCAGCGAACGUGGCUGCAGCACUGGAUGCUCUUUGUCUUGUUCCGAGAUGGCGACUUGGAAUCUGCGCACAGCCAGAUUCAGCGGGUCAUGGAACUUUUCUUGUCCGAGAAAUACCUCGCGCUGAUCAGGUAUGUUCCACCUCCCGUAAUUUUUUCUUGUUCAUGUAAGGUAGAGAUUCCCCACUCCAAUGCCUGAGUCAACAAGAUUGUGUCUGUGUCACAGAUUGAUUCCCUUUCCGCUUGAUGCAAGUGAUGUAGCUAAAGGAAACCUCCCUACAACAAAAAACCAGCUUGAUGUGCCCACACAUGCUGCGAUACGCCGCCGCGGUGUUCUUGUUGAACAAGAAGCUUAAGCCGAUGUUGAAGGACCUGAUUCACGUGCUGAACCAGGACAAACAGAACUACGCCGAUCCGCUCACCGAAUUCCUCCUAUCCUGAGUAAAAGCGUCCCCACACCAGAGUUGUCAUGCAAAUGUGCAAUGACAGGAACGUUUGUAAUGCGCAGCUCCGCGAGAGAAAUUUCCAAUCGUGUUUUGCAAUUUGUAAUGCUGUAAACAGGAUGUGAAAAUGGCUUUCUCAUGUGGCUUCUCUUGCCAAUCAGCACUACACUGCAGAGGGAAACUUGUGAUGCACAGCUCCCAAAGCUUGGAGAUUUGUGUUGCUAGAUUGCCAACUUGCCUAUGGGGUGGGGACGUUGUUACUUAGGAUACCUCCUCGCCCUGCAUCAAGACUUGGACUUCGAGACGGCGAAGAAGAAGCUCGACGAGCUCCAAAUUGCUUGCAACAACGACUUAUCAAAUGUAAAAAUGUCUGGGUCUGGAGACUUGUAAUGCUGGGUGGCGUCUCAUGAUGAGGCUACAAAUGCUGGCUCAGCAUGACAAGUUUCUGAGCUCCUAGGUGUUGCCUAUUCUGCAUGACAAACUGCGCUUCUGCAUCACAGAAAAGCGUAGCUCUUGGGUAACGUGCAGGACAGAUUUAAGAGUCGUGCCAGACAAGCAUGACAAACAUGAAUUCUUCCAGACCCAGACAUUUUUAAACUUGAUGCGACUACUUCUUGUGGGGCGAUAACCUCACCGUCAUUCUUGCCAACGCCAGGCUCGCGAUUUUCUCCAUCUACUGCAGGUAAGAGCACCCGCACUUUUUUCUGGGAACAAAUUCUUGACGUCGCUUGCAUUUGAGACCAUGUAGUACAAGAGAAGAAGCGGCUUUAUUUGCUGAAUCCUUUCAUUGAUGUUCUCCUUCUCGCUUUAUCAGCAGAUGCACAAGGAUAGUUUGCGUGCCGAUGCCUGGUGCCCCUUGAAUGAGUGGAUAAGCAAAAUACACACGCAGCAACAUGUUGCACCAAAAACAAUAUCAGGAUCCAUCAAUCUGUGGAUAUCUCAACGAUUGCGGACAAAAUGAGCAUGCCAGCAGAGAUGGCGGAGCAGUGGAUCGUCGAACUGAUUCAGACAGGAAAGCUCUCCGGUGCCUGCAUUGACAGCGACGCAAACGUACGAUGUUUUUGUGUUUCAAUACAUGUUUGGUUUUGUUGUACAACUCAGUAGAGUAUACAAUGAAGAGGUGGACAUAUUCGUUCUGAUGGGGCGGCGGUAUCAAGAAAGAUCGGAUUUUGAUAUUUUCUUAUCUGAAAUAAAACAGGGCACAAGCAGUGUGUUUUUUCCGAAAGAGGAGACGGAAAUCUACCAGCAAGUUUUGGAGAAGACGCAGAAUAUGGCUUUCCGCCUGCGCUUGCUGCAGGUAAAUGCAGAAGGUAUCAAAGACAAGAACGCCCUGAAGAAAGUCACCCAAGUUUCUGGAAAGCUCGCUGCGCACCUGGGCUAAGUUCCGGUCGUUUGAUGUCAGGGAAAUCUUGUUGACAUCAUGUCCUGCUGUUUUCACAUUCCUAACAUCUCCCGAAUUUGUACGAGCUACUUGAUUUCACCGUCAUUUUGAAAUCUUUCUGCAAAAAUGAUAAAACUACGCUAGCGUGAAAUGGAAAUGAAUUCACACUGCCUCGCAUCUCGCACCGAGAUCGACAGGUUAACGAACAUUUGGAUAUUCUAUUCAAACUCAGCAUGGACGAUAAGAUAAAACUACGCAACAUGGUUGGAUGGAACGGGUUUUGUAAGAAAGGGACAGUUUCAGCUCCUGUCCCCGUUGCCAGAUUCGUUGUUACCACUGAGUUCCC